UAUUGCUCCCAAUUCAACGUCGUGUUGGUCCUACAGGCUCCAGACAAGCAUCUGCAGGCUUUGCUGCAGCAGGAUGGAGAAAAAGAAAAUUCUAAUGAAAUCCAAGGUUGCUGCUCCUAACCUCCUGAGGGCACUGCAUUCUCUCUACCAGUUCGGUCACCUCUGUGACGUGACGGUUCACACACAACAUCUCGGAAUUCAAGAGGAGUUUCUGGUUCACAAAGCUGUCCUGGCAGCUUCCAGCAAUUAUUUCAAGGGGCUGUUCCUGCAUGAUGAGAUGCUGGACACCAAGAAUUGCACAGUGACUCUGCAAGACAUUUACACGGAAGAGUUCACCUCCUUCCUGGAGUUUGUUUACACUGCAGAAGUGGAGAUUGAAGCGGAAAAACUGCAACGGAUGAAAGAAAUAGCCGAAAGACUUGAAUGCAAGGAUUUGCUUGACAUUUGUGAAGAAGUGAAAGCAGAGGGCAGGAAGGGGUUAGAUCUGAGCCUCCAUCUGAAAGGUCAGCUGGGUGAAAAUGGCGGGCCACAGUGGGCUCGCAUCCAGCAAGAGGAGGACCGCAAACUGAGUAACUCUUCCCAAGUAGUGGCGAUACCCAUGCAGAGGAAACUUUGGGAUAGGCAAAAACAUAAAAAGUUGCUGGCUGGCUACGAACUCGUUGAAGGCCAACCGGCAAGCCUGGAGCAAGAGGACAUUGCUUUUCCAGACCCAAAAUCCAGGACAGCAAAGCUACCGAAAUGUAACAAGACAGAUAGCAGAAACAGACUCGGCGUGGAUAUCGUUAGUCUGGAAAACGAGAAUAGUCAUUCUCUCCGAAGUCAGACUGAGUCAAAGGAAGCCUGCGUAGUAAUUAGGAACACUUUGCCUGAGCAGUGGGAAGAUGAAAACAGUUUAAUUUCCAAAUUUGCCAGUAAAACGGAACGUAGGAAAUCACCGCGGCACGUGGCAAAAGUCUUGCCGCAGAUGGCGUGCGAGAAGUGCAACGAAUCGUUCCGUGUUAUCAAGCAGUACCAGUCGCACAUGGAGCUCAAGCAUGACGUUAAUCUGGCUGUCAAGUACAGCUGCAACGCAUGUGAGCAGCUCUUCUCCACUCACCAGAACCUCCGGCAGCACCGCCUCACCGUUCAUAGUGAUGAGCGGGGCUUCUCCUGCGUGUUUUGCGACAAGAGGUUUAAGCGCCAGAAGGACAUAAACGACCACAUCCGCAGGGUGCAUGAGAAGAAGCGGGAUCCCCAGGCCUGCCCGUACUGCGACAAGGUCAUCAGUUCCAAGUGCGGCCUGACAGUCCACAUACGAACGCACACCGGGGAGAAACCUUAUAAAUGCGAACGCUGCCCCGCCAGCUUUGCUCAGAGGUCUGCUUACAAUACUCACGUAAGAAAAAUCCAUGAGUCUGGGCAAGAGAGGAAACUCAUGCCUGUCUACUGGAUGGUAGUUCCGCCUGCGCAUAGACCAAACGCAACAAGCUGUGACAAAGAUCCUGACAGAGCGACGUGGGAUGGGACAUCGGAGGCUGAACGACGGAAGCGUGCGGGGCACGAAGAGGCCACAAGUCGUGAGGAAGAACCCGGGGGUUCAUCUGUUACCGAAGCAGACUGUAGCAAUGAGCAAGAAGAACGGAAGCGGAAAUAUAAGGAAGCUGAAGCAAGAAGUGAAAAAAUGAGCGAAGAAGGGAAUGAAGAUGAAGGUGAAAUGAGUGUGAAGGGCGAGGAGGAGGUAGAUUACGAAGCGGGGUAUUCAGAAGUUGAAGAUAGUAGGGAUACUGAGGAGGACGAUGAGGAUGAUGAAUACUCUAAUGAGAAGGAUGGUGAAGAACAUGAAUCAGAUGAAGAGUUUAAAAUAAAGAAGGUAAAUAGAAGCGGGGUGAAUAAGAAAUCUGCCUAUGUAAUAAGAUGCGAUAAGUGUAAUGAGCAGUUUGUUUCCCGGAAAAAGUAUGUGGAUCACUGCAGAGACGUCCAUCAGUGCUUGCCUGGUAAAGUCUAUCAAUGUGACAUCUGCAGCAAGUCGUUUGCUAGUUACAACAGCUGGAAGGAGCAUCGAGCGUGUGUCCACACUGAAGAAAGGCAGUUUGCCUGCACCCUUUGCAAUGCUACUUUUAAAAGAAAGAGAGAUGUGAGGACACAUUAUAUGCGGAAGCAUGAAGGUAGAGUCAAACGCCCUCUCUGCUCCGUCUGCGGGAAGAUCCUCAGCUCCCGAACGGCACUAGUGUUUCAUAUGCGGACGCAUACGGGAGAAAAACCUUACGAAUGUGGCAUUUGUCAUUCAAAAUUUGCUCAGCCAUCACAACUUAAGAUCCAUACCAGGUCCCAUACAGGGGAGAAGCCAUAUAUUUGCGAGGACUGUGGGGCUUGCUUUGCUGAUAAAGGCAAACUCACUGGCCACAAAAGGACCCACACAGGAGAGCGCCUUUUUAAAUGCGAUGUGUGCGGAAAACAUUUUGCCACCAACGAAUACUUAAAAUGCCAUAAACGGUGCCACAUGGGUGCGAAGCCCUACAAGUGCGAGGUUUGCGGGAAGACGUUUGGACUGAGAGCCUCGCUCGCCCAGCACAGUAACGUCCAUGCAGAGACCCGUCCGUACUUCUGCGAACAGUGCGGGAAGACGUUCACCCAACAGGGCGCUCUCCGGCGCCACCAGCGCAUUCACACCGGGGAAAAGCCGUACAAGUGCCGAGCUUGCGAGAGAACCUUCACGGACAUGUCCACCUUGCGCAGACACGUGUCGAUUCAUGACCGGAAUGCUCACUGGAGGAGUUUCUUAAUAGAUCUUACAACCAAAAAAGACCAUAAUUGGUCCAAAAUAGAAACGUUCUCGGAAGCCUGUAUGGGUGAAGACUCUGCGCCGGAAAUUUGGUCGGUUGACCAAGGUAAACUUUAUAAACCAGAAAGCAUUGUUCUUAAAAAAGUAGAACAUGUGCCAUCUAGCGUUAGUAACGCGGAAGACGCCGAUCGCUCCCUUUUAUACUUAUAACGACAGUUAUCGCCGGAAAACUGUGCGGUCACUCCGGGUCGUAAUAGGCCAAAUUAGCUCAAGCGUUCGUUGCGGCCGCCUCGUUCGGGGCGGCGGCGGCUUUAUGCGGGGGAGCCGGAGUUACGGACGUCACAGCCAGGGAAAGGGGGCCCUAACGCUGCUUAAAAGUAGCGGUGCCAGUUAGGUUUAUUUUUUUUUUUUAAGAUCCGUACGCAGUUCUGUUUUUCACAGAGUCCGGGAGAACCUCUGGUGGUGAAAGCGUGGAGAGGUCUGUGCGUGCGUAGGGUGCGGUGCCGUCGCUGUGAAUUACUGCUUUGGUUUUUAAUAAAGAUCCCGUAGCCGA